UCAAACGGGAAAAGCACAAGAGCACAAGGCAAAGCGUGCUCUCUGUCCCUUUCUCUUUCUCUCUCUUUCUCCUCCUCUCCUUUUUGCUUUAUUCUGUCGGAUUUUUCCCCUUAAAGCUCUACCUGGGAUUUUCCUUUGGAAAGUUUCUGAGGUUCCACUGAAAUAUGGAACUUGAUUUUGGACAUUUUGAUGAAAGAGAUAAGGCAUCUAGGAACAUGAGAGGUUCAAGGAUGAACGGGCUGCCUAGCCCCACUCACAGCGCCCACUGUAGCUUCUACCGAACCAGAACCUUGCAGGCACUGAGCAAUGAGAAAAAAGCCAAGAAGGUACGUUUCUACCGCAAUGGGGACCGCUACUUCAAGGGGAUUGUGUACGCUGUGUCCUCUGACCGUUUCCGCAGCUUCGACGCCUUGCUAGCUGAUCUGACUCGAUCUCUGUCUGACAACAUCAACCUGCCUCAGGGAGUGCGUUACAUUUACACCAUUGAUGGAUCCAGGAAGAUUGGAAGCAUGGAUGAAUUGGAGGAAGGGGAAAGCUAUGUCUGUUCCUCAGACAACUUCUUUAAAAAGGUGGAGUACACCAAGAAUGUCAAUCCCAACUGGUCUGUCAAUGUGAAGACAUCUGCCAAUAUGAAAGCCCCUCAGUCCCUGGCAAGCAGCAACAGUGCCCAAGCCAGGGAAAACAAAGACUUUGUGCGCCCCAAGCUGGUGACCAUUAUCCGCAGUGGGGUGAAGCCUCGGAAGGCUGUACGUGUGCUUCUGAACAAGAAGACAGCUCAUUCUUUUGAGCAAGUCCUCACUGAUAUCACUGAAGCCAUCAAACUAGAAACUGGGGUUGUCAAAAAACUCUACACUCUGGAUGGGAAACAGGUAACUUGUCUCCAUGAUUUCUUUGGUGAUGAUGAUGUGUUUAUUGCCUGUGGUCCUGAAAAAUUUCGCUAUGCUCAGGAUGACUUUUCUCUGGAUGAAAAUGAAUGCCGAGUCAUGAAGGGAAACCCAUCGGCCACAGCUGGCCCAAAGGCAUCCCCAACACCUCAGAAGAGUUCAGCCAAGAGCCCCGGCCCCAUGCGCCGAAGCAAGUCUCCAGCUGACUCAGGUAACGACCAAGACGCAAACGGAACCUCCAGCAGCCAGCUUUCUACCCCCAAGUCUAAGCAGUCUCCCAUCUCUACGCCCACCAGUCCUGGCAGCCUCCGGAAGCACAAGGUAGAUCUGUACCUGCCUCUGUCCUUGGAUGACUCAGACUCACUUGGUGAUUCCAUGUGAAGGAACAGAGAAUGUUCAGAGUCCAGAGUACAAAUCCAAGCCUACCAUUAAAGUAGGGUACUUUUGUUCAAGAAUCCAACAGGGCUAUUGGUGCUUUCAAGUUUUUGUUGUUGUUAUUAUUUUCAAAACACACUGUAAUAUGUUGGGUUUAUUUUCCUGUGAUUUCUCCUCUGGGCCACUGAUCCACAGUUACCAAUUAUGAGAGAUAGAUUGAUAACCAUCCUCUGGAGUAACUCUCCAGGGGUGCAAAAUGUGCUAGUCCAUGACCUUUCUACUGAAUGCUUAGGUGUCUUCGUUAUUUUCCCCUGUGCCACAUUGCUCAUACUCUACAGUCUUCCUUCUGUAGAGUGCUCUUAUUAUAUAUGUAGCACUUAAAGUGUUUGUGGGGGAGGGGGGAAUCUAAUUGGAGGACACAACAGUGACAAACACAAGUGCUCCUUGUCUCCUGAUCUCAAGAAAGCUGGAGGAUACCAGGAGGAUAGCAAGGUAACUCCCCAGCCUUGGUUGUCACUUCUGAUAACGCCCCCAGUAUGUUGUCUGGCACCAAUUCUGGUUGUCAAUGGGGAGAAACACCAGCAACCCAUGAAACCAAGUGCUUAGGAUCAUGGUACAGGGCUAGGCAGAAUUGGAAAAUACUGCACAGACAUUUCAGUAGCAUUUAUAAAGCACAGUGAAUUCCUGGUCAUCCUCGCCACUGGAGUAAUUUGGAAUCAAUAAGCACUUGAUUAGAGUUUGGAAUAAGAGACUCCGUUUAUCUGAUUCCUCUAGGAAGCUAGCAUACUGAGUUAUUACAUGAACUGUAUGGUAUCCAUCUAUCUCUGUUCUAUUGAAUGCCUUGUAAACAGCCAACACUGAAAACACUGUGAGAAUUUGUUUUCAGGUCUGACACCUUUCCGUCGCUUUUUAUAGCAAGAAACCAAUAUCCUUUUUAUAAAAACUCAUGUCUGUAUUUCAGGAGCAAACUCUUCAAGCUCCUUUUUUAUAAACUGGUGAUUUUUCUUUUGUCUAAAAAACACAUGCAGAAAAUUUACCAAAAAAAAAGCAGAAGAAUAAUGUAGCUUAGGAAUCAUGCUGUCACUGCCAAACAGAAAUCUACAGGAGAAAACAAAAUGAAUAGCAGAGGCCAAUUCAAUAGAAUCAGUGUUUUGAUAGCUUUUUAACAAUUAUGCUUACAUUAAUAAUUUCAGUGUGGACCAGACAUUCUAAUUAUAUUUUAAAUGAAAUGUUAUGGCAUAUUUUAAGCAACUCUUUUUUAUCUACAAUCCUAAUAUUUCAUACUGAAGGCACGGAAACCUUUCCCUUGUCUUUAACAUUGGAAAGGAUUUGUCUUUACUAAGAACUGAUCAUUUGAAAUAGUUCUCAGUCGUUGAGGUACAGGUUCAUAGCACUGUUUUUUAUCUAUAAUCAUAGCCCAUAAUGGCAAAGACAACAAAAUUUAAGGGAAAGCCAUGCAUGCCAGUGUUGUGUUUGCUUUUAGCAGAUAUGAAGACUUCCCUGUUUCUUUGUAACUAUUCAGAUAUUUUUAAAUGUGAAUCAUUCAAAGCCAAACUGCAUUGGCUACUGAAUGACUUGCAGUCCUUCCUCCACCCUAAAUGGAAUGAGCUUGGUGUGUGUGUGUGUGUGUGUGUACAUCUGCAGCUGCUUCAUAAUUAGGAAGUACUACAGGACAUCAAAACAUGGGUCAGUGCCAACUUGGUGACAUUGCUGAUGUGUGUUGUGUAGGGGGUAGCCCAAGGGUGGAAGGGGUAGGUCAGAGGCCCCUAGACAAGUUUCACAUGUUCUUAACUACCAGAAAUGUUUUUGGUUUGGAAGUGAGAUGAUGAUAGCACUGGUUUCUGGUUAAGUGUGUCAAUGGAGAACCCCAAAUUAUAAGGAUAUCUUUUAUCCCCUCCUUCAAAACCAUUAGAAGCCCAUUUUACUCAGCCCUUAUUCUUUCUAGAAGCUCAGGGUUUUCUUAGUGCCUCCCCAAAUAGUUUGUAAUUAAUUAGGAAAAACCGGUACAUGGAAUUAAGAAGAUGGGAUAGAGUGGUGGGAGACCUGUUUUUAAACUUCAGGUCUGACCUCCCAAAGAUUCAAUCCAUGAUAGCUUUUGAGACCUCAUCAGGUCUAAUACUUUCAUUUUAAAAUGAGAAAACAAGCAGUGAAAUGGCCUGCAGGACAAGAACUAUCCAGUUUCCUUAUGCUCAGGUUCCAGGCUAGCUCCAUGAGCAUUUCCUUGUUUGUGUUCUAUGUACCACUAGAAAAUGCUAAAUUGGUGUAUUUUUUAAGAAGGAUCUUUGAACCAGUAAUCUUUUUUUUGAUAAUAGUACAUUUUACAUCUUUCUUUUAAUCAAUUACAAUAUUUCCAAACUACCACUUCAAGGGGGAUUGAAAUAGUUCAAAAUUCAGGCUUCCAGUGAUUUGCAUUUUAAAUAGGCCCAUUUUUUCAAGGGAAAAAAAUUGUAUGUAACUGAGCUCCUUCACCCAUCAUUCAUUCCCAGUUUCACUCAACGCAGUCAUACCUCUCCAGUCCUAUUAUUUUGGUUUCUGCACACUCAGCAAACAUUUGCCACCAUUCCCCGUACUUUCUCCUCUCUCUCUCUCUCACACACACACACACACAUACACACACACUCACACACACACACGAUCCAUCUGUUGCUUGUUCCUGCCUCCUGAGUUUUCUUCCCUAAGGGUAUAGAAAUAGGGACAAAGAAGGGGAAAAUGUAUAUAUAGGGGCUGGGCUGAACAACUAACAUCAUAAGUAGUUUUAACUAGGGGUAAAUUGAGAGAAAAGCUCAUUUUCUCUUCACUGUUUUGGAAAGGAUAGCCAUUAGCAUGACUGCUUUGUGUCCUCACAGACUUUAGUAUUAGCCUAGAUUGAAUCAUAGAAUUUUCUAGCUGGAAGGAACCUUAGAAUCACAUCAUCUACUCUAAAUUCCUCAUUUUUCAAGCCAGGAAAUGGAGACAUAGAGGUAAAGUAAUUUCCCCAAGGUCACACAGCUGGCUAGGGGCAGGGCUGGGAUUAGAACCUACAUCUCCUAGCUCUAAUUCCAGGGCUGUUUUCCACUAAGCAGUAUUGCCUUCUACUAGGCUCCUGAGAAUUCUUUCCCAGGGUCAUGUUGCAUCUUGGAACCAUAUGCUGCUGUCCUGAUCUCAGCGGGAAAUCCACCCAGCAACCUAAUACGGCCCUUUCUUUCUGCAUUCACAUGGUUCCCAUCCACAUGGGCUGCAGAUGUCCCUGAAGAGAGGGAGACACUGAGGAACAAUGGGGUCCUGGGCAUUUUUUCUUUUUGUCCCAACUUGAGGAGCCCUCCAAAUAGCCUCCUGAAUUCCUGCUUUGUCCCAACGGAAUGGAGGAUGACCAGUUUUCCCUGUCGGCUUAUUUCAUGUCAUCCCAUACUUGGUGUUCCCAGGCUAAGGAGAAUGUUUCUUAUUUCCAGAGCAGGGAAAGGAAGAAAGGAAGAGUGGAAUGAUAGCUUCGUUCAUUCUGACAUUCUAAGAUGGCUUUUCAGCGUUUUAAAGACUAGUAUGGCUACAAUUCAGUGGCAAUGAUUUCUUCUAAAAUAUGGGAAUGAGAUCAGCUACAGCAAACAAUCUGGUCUUGCUGUGGUUGCCCUCAUCCACAAUAUCCCCAUAGCCAUCCUGCCAUUAUGGGAACAAUUUCCAGAUAUAAGCAAGGGGUUUUGUGACUAAAAUGCACCUUGGCUGAUGUUAAACAUUGGCUCCUUCUGUUUGUACCAAAAUAGUGAGUUGUGUGCUCUACCCACUAUACCCAUCUUGUGUACACUGAUCCUGUGGCCUUCCAGGGCAGAAAACAGGGCAAUGAGGUCUGAACAUGUAGUUUUCCUCAUAGAAAGGCUCUUCCUCGUAACUAAGGGGUAUUCAUUAGUUCAGUUUAAAGAGAUCUACUUCUCCGAUACUUUUCUCUGCUUCCUGCUUCUCCUCCCCAAUGAGAAGUAGCCAAGGAGCCUUAAAGUAACUAUCUAUCUGAAGAAGGCAUGGAGAUGAGUGAGCUGUUAAAUCCUUUUUAGAAUCACCUAGCCCAAGCAUUAGACCAGCAGUCCAGUGCUUGCUUCAGACAAAAUUGAGUCUGUUUCCCCAGUCCCUUCAAUACUUUGGAUAGAGAUCAACAACCCCCCUCCCCAAAUCUGACUCUAAAUUACUUUUUCUGUAAUAAUAAUAGUAAUAACAAUAAUUAUUUUAAAAAUAAAACACAUCUUCCUGGAGUUGGAAAACAAGCAUGCCCUUUUCUCCAGAUGAGCUCUAACAUACUGAUGGAAAGGAUCCCAAAGAUGAGCCCACCUCAGAAAUAUCUGUGAGAAGAUGCUUCCUGAGACAGAAGCACAGUGUGAAGGAACAGUGUGGUUUGAAUGACCUCCUUCAUAGUGCUCCAAUUUUUUGUAAAAAAAAAAAAAGCAUUAGGUAUUUCUUUUAAAAAAUCAGUAAUUUGUACCUGCCCCUGCCCAUAUACGGCUACUUGGAUCCAUGGCCAAGCUUUCCUCAUGUAAUGCUCUCACUGCCUUAAAGGGUUUGACUUUUAGGCCCAGACUAGUUUUCUAAGUAAACUAUCAUUGGUUUGGAGUUCAUCUGUAGUAGAGAAGAGGCUGGAGUCCUUUGUUUUAGCACUUGCACCCCAGUCAUUGAUAGUAUGUUAGAAAUGAUUUGGGACCUUUUUUUCUGUAACAAUGGGGCUAGGCUUCCUGGGUCUCUCUCCUAGUAUGACCUCUAGAAAUUGUCACAACUCUAACUCUGCCCUAUGAAGAGGAUCCCAUAUGUAAACCAUCCACUGCUUUAUUGAGACCAUGCAGCCUUUCUCCUUCCUUGCAGGUAAGCCCAACAGGAGCAGGGAUAGUGCAUGGAUUCUUCACACCAAACAUUUGGUAGCAGAGGCAUUUCCAUCUGGUUCUCUGGCUGAUGGUGGCCCAGACUCAGUCGAGUGUUACUAAUACUCAGUGGAUUGCCCUCCAUUGGCCCUGUUAUGAACCAAGACAAUGUAGAUCAUUUCUUAAAAAUGAAUUCCCAAGUUUAUUCUUCUUCUGGCUAGCGGACCUCAUUUCUCUAAUAGGUAAAAGGCUGGAAGUUCUCACUACACAGCAGACAAGACAUGUGCAUAGGGAAAGAAAUGUAUUUCUAAACCUGCAGGCAUUGACUGCAGUGGGCAACCUACUAGAUUAGCAGCUUCUCUUGACCCUUUCUACUUUUUCAACUCAGAGACUGGAAGGUUCGCUCUCCAUCAGUGUGUCUUUUAGUAUACCUGGCUGAAGAAUAUUGCCCCUCCUAUUCCCUCAGGAAAAGGUGCUUCCCUCUCUGUCUCCCAUAUCCAGGGCCCCAGUGCUUACCAUCAUCCCCAAAGGCCUAGUGUGGUCUUAAUAGUCAGACUCUUGGUGGUAUUUCCCACUUGUUUCCUUCUUAAGGAUCCAGCAGACCUCCCAUUUUGGUGUGGCUAGAGUGACACCGGCUAUCAUUUGAUGAGGUUAACAUUUUAUCCCUCAGAUUUUUGGUUUCUACAUCUUCAGGAAUCAGAGGUGAUUUUUUUUUCUCACCUUGGAUGCCUGGGGAUCCAGAGUAUGGAAUUCCUACUGGGAACUGAGGAAUUUUUCUGCUCCUGAUCAGAAGUGUCGGUUGGUUUGGAGAGGUCAGACAGCAUAACAGAAGUCAGAGAAAGCACCCUGUUGGCUAAGGUGAAGACUUGAAGUGACUGGAAUUUCCCAUUUCUGAGUUAAUAACCUGAAGGGAUAAAUGGCUUUUUGCCACUCUAAUUCCUCUGUGUUUCUCUUUGUCUUUUCUUUCUCUCCCUAAUUCCUAAAUUUGUUCUUACUUUAUACUCUGUGUUAAUCACCCUCUCUUCCAUGGAACAAACAUCCAUCCUUUGUUCUGCAUAAUUUUCCCUCCCUCUUUUUAUUAUUUUCUUUUAAUAUUUUCCUUCCUCCUUGACUAGGCAGGGGGCAUAUGUCGUCUUAGCCAAUUGUUUUGCCUUGGAAUUGAUGAAAAACUAUUUCUAGACUCAAACAUCCCUGGUCCUACCCCAGGCCAGUGAGAAACGUAUAGUUGAGAAUCAAUCUGGUCCUGGUCUCUUUCUUCUUCAACCCUAGCCUCAACAAAUCCUCUAAAGCAGUUUCCUUUAUAUAGUUCAUGUAUUUUUAUGUCUUUGCCUUCCAAGCACUGUACAGAAUACUGUGUGGUUCCUUCUUAGUCUGCCAUGUUGUGGAGCCGUGAAGUGUGCUCAGAAAAAUAAUCAGCUGAACAGAAAAAUCCACCCAUGGAUUCAUAUCAGCUAAAUAAUAUAAUUGAUUUUAUUCAAUUGCUUAUAGUUUUAAAAGCUGCAAUAUAAUAUAAUGAGAGGCCACAGGUAAUUUCUUUUGUCAUUUACUUUGGCUGGGUGGGGUCAGGAGGAGCAAUUUGUUUUUAAGUUUUACCUUUACAUGUUAAACAAUCUGUAAUAGCCUUAUAUUUUUGGCUUGCCAACUGUUGAAUUGUUUUAGCUAAACUGGUAGGCAAUUGGGCAUGAUUUAAAUAAAAGAGUUAUUUAACAAAUCCAUUUUAUUUAAAGGAACAUUCACUUAAUUGAAAUGUAGUUUUCACUGUGUUCUGAGAAAUUCACGUAAACAUUUGCUUUUGACACCAAUUGUUCAUGAUCCUAUACAAGCAGUCCGUGUAACAGUAAUUAACGGACCUAAAGAAGGCAGCUUAUAUAUGCUAAUUUAUUCAACAAAAUACACAGCUCUUCCGAAUGUCACUGCUUGGCAAUAACAUAUGGAAUGUCAACGUUUCCAAUGACUUCUCUUUAGAAGUUAUCUUAAAGGGAUUUGACCAAGUAAGAGGUUAUGCUAAAUGUCUCCAAUGUAUGGUCCUGUAAUAUAUUGCAGCUUGAAGCCAAUGAUCCCUUAUGACUUGUACACAACUAAUGCAUGUUUUGAUUGAAUUUUGCAUUUUUCACUUGUGGUAAGUUCUUUAAAACAUUUUGGUCACCUUUUUGUGCCAUUGAACUUGUACAGAAAAUGCUUUUAUGGCCAUUUUCAAAGGGAUAAAGCUUAAAAUGGAGUCAGCCCACCCUUUGUGCCCUAUAGCUGUAGUUAGAAUUGAGUAACUGUAGCAAAACAGCUGUAAUUGGUGGUUGUAGUGUUAGAGGCAUUAGCUUGCUAGUGACUAGCUUUGGAGAGUAAAUGCAUGGUAUUGUACAUCUCGUUUCUUAAAUAAAUCAUUUUAACCUCUGAAAAGAAUAUAUUCUUCCUUGUGGAUCCUCUUCCCACUUCCCUUGCCCUCUCUUCCUCCCUGCUCCCAGAUGUCUUAUAGUUGUAAAUAGCUGAUUUGAGGGCCAAUAAUUCUUGUCAAGUAAAGUCAGCAAAAAACAAACAAACCAAAAAGGGAGUGGGAAAAGGCAUUUCCCAACAAUCUCUCAGCGUUUAAUGACCACUUUUUAAAGAAUGACAUCGUGAUCAAAGACUCUCCUUUGCAUAAAAAUCAGUGGUAAACUGGGAGUGUCUGUUACUAUUUGAUUAUAUUACAAAAUUGACUAGUUCUCAGAAUCACAUAUAACCCAAAGACAAUGGAAAAUGAUAUUCCUUAUUUCUGUAGCAGUUUGGGGUACUUGGAGAUCUCAGAAGGCUCUGCUUGAUCAAUGAUCAAUGAUUGUUUGGAAACAGACAAGCAGAAGAGAAAUACAAUAGAUAUUUUGGGAUGUCAUCCACUCCUUUAGAAUAGUUUAUAGCUGGAAAAGACAAGAUACAGAUUCGUAUACAUUACUGUCUGUUUCCCAGGCAAUGCCUAGUCCACACUUAGACUGCUAUUGAAAAGCAGUACUUCCAGAAGGCAUUCUCCUUUUUGGUUUGCUGUUCUCCUUUGAACUGGUAUGUUUAGUGAGGCCCACAUAAACCAGCUGGAGCAGACCCUUUACAAUUCCCGUGCCUGUUAGCAUCCCUCUCCCCACAUCUCCUUCACAAUUUGAUGAGGGCUUUCUUUGGUCAGAGGACUUCGAGGUCGUCUAGAGAAGUUUCCCAUGUGUGUAAGGUGUUGUGAACUGUUGAAUGCUACAUUCAUAGCAUUCAAUACUAGGCAGCAAAGAGCUGCUCUUACAAUCAUUUUGGCUCUCAAACUCUGUUCUCCAUCGCAUUCUCAUUUCUGUGUACAUUUGCAAGAUGUGUGUAAUGUCAUUUUCCAAAAAUAAAGUUUGAUUUCAAUA